AUGGCCAUGACCCAUGAGGCCAAGACGCACGCUGCCCCCUUUGCAGGCUCAACGCUGACAGGCACACAGCCCCGACGCUGCUGCAGCGCCAUAGCGGCCGCAGCCGCGAACAUCGCGUUGCCCGGCUGCCAGAGCAAAUGCGGCGAGCUGGACAUCCCCUACCCCUUCGGGAUCAGCGCCGGCUGCUACCGGCCGGGCUUCAAGGUGACCUGCAACCGCAAGCCCGGAGUCGGCGUGGCACAAAAACUGACGCUGGGGGACGCCGCCGGACCGGCAGUGCUGGAGAUAUCCGUGCCCAACAGCACGGUGCGCAUCCGCUCCGUCACCUGGUUCUUCGCAGCCGGCAACACGAGCAUGAGACGGCUCGCCGUCGUCCCCAGCGCCGGCGCCGGCGAGCCGCACCAGUAUGUGCUGAGCCCGAAGCGGAACUCCCUCGUCCACGUCGGCUGCGGCUUCCGCGCGUCCUCGUGGACCGCGCAUGGAGCGCGCGCCUUCAGCAACUGCUCGUCCUCCUGCCACAAGGACGACCGGCGGGUCCCGGCGCAGCGGUGCAGCGGCACCGGCUGCUGCGAGGCGCGUCUCCCGAGCGGCGGCCUCAACGGCUCGUUCCGAACGCGGCUCGAGUGGGGAACCGCGGAGCGAAGGGUGGCUUCGCCAUGGAUCGCGACGGAUUCCGCGAGCUUGUUCGCGGCGGAGAGAGUGUGGUGGCGCGAUGGGACGAACUCGUACACGGUGAAGAUGUCUCUGCUCGCCUUCGGCAAAGCGGGCGCCGUGGUGGUUCCGGCCGUGCUGGAUUGGGCGUUCGACAAGUCGUCGACGUGCGCGGAAGCGGCGCCGAGGCCCGACAUCGGCUGCCCCAGCAAGCACAGCGAAUGCGUUGACUCCGAUGGCGGCGCUCGGGGCUACGUCUGUAAGUGCGGCAAUGGUUACCAGGGUAACCCAUACGUGAGAGAUUGA